AUGAGGACGUUCAAGAAAUACUGCAAAAUUUGGGGCCUCGAAAGUGCUGUUGGGCAGAAACACACAGAAGAGUCCAUCACGCCUCUCAUCCAGACGUUGCUUCUCCGGUUUCCUCGGAACGGAGCAGGUUCUUUACGAACGAUGUUACUCCAAGAUUACCAAGUCAGAGUCUCUAAGUACGUUGUCCUUAACGUUCUACGUCGGAUCGAUCCAGAAGGUGUGAAGAGCAGAAAGGGGAAGAGAUACAAGCGCAAGGUCUUCUACGCUGCCGGAGUCAACCACCUGUGGGUCUUUGAUCAGCAUGAUAAAUGGGCUAAAUAUGGCCUCUACUUCCAUAUGGGAAUCGAGCCAUUUAGUGGGAAGAUUCUGUGGUUGGUGUGCUGGUGGACAAACUCAAAUCCACGGUACAUCGCACACCAGUACUUGGAGACCGCUCGGCGGCUAGGAAAUGAAACUCAUGCGAUCCUACCCCUGAUAACGCAGAGCGAUCCUGGAUCAGAGAAUAAUGGGAUAGCCAAUGCGCAUACGUCUAUACGGCAUCAUCUUGAUCCAUCCCUCGCUGGCAGCCUUCAGCAUCGGUGGAAGCGCAAACACAACAACAUCAAGUCCGAAAUUGCCUGGUCUGUAUUCCGGUCUAUCUGGGCGCCAGGCUUCGAGGAUCUACUUGAGCUAGGAGUCGAUCAAGGCUGGUAUGAUGUGACAAACUCCCUUCACUACUUUGUGUUUCGUUGGAUUGCUAUCCCGUUUAUCCAGCAUGAGUUGGACAAAUACGUUCACCGUAACAAUACCACUGCGAAGAGAGCCGAUAAGCAUAAAGUACUUCCGCAUGGUAUUCCAGAUAUUAUAUUUGAACGGCCACACCGAUUUGAUGCCGUGGACUUUCAUAUUAAUGUGCCGCACAAUAUCCUGGACCAAGCUCAGGAUCAGUGGGCACCCCGCGAUCAUCCUGUUUUCCAACUUGUUCACCCCCACUUCGAUGAGUUUAUACGCCCUAUAUAUGAGUCCCUCAACCUUCCGGCGACCGAUGUCACCAACUUCUGGACAAUAUAUCUGGCAUUGAUAGCUGCAGCAUUGGCUGCAGAGGAGAAUCAACGUGUAGUGCAGCUCCUAGAUGCGCAAAUGAAGGUCGCUGAAGGGGGAGAGGAUCAAGGUAUUCCCCUGCUACAAGGUUUAUCACCAGUUGUGAUGGGCGAGAAUGGAAUACCUAUGGGAUUUACUCUUCAGAAUGAUGGCCAUGGAUAUCAGGAAGACGAUGAAGAUCUUUAUGUUAUUUUUAGUGACGAAGAAGAUGAAGAUGAGGCAUGGUAA